UUUGAAUUCCGUUUCAUCAUUCAUUCAUUAUUCUUGCAAUCUUUUGAAUGUAAUGCUACUCCGAAAUGGGAGCUCACCAAAGUAUCCAUGCUGGCAAAGCAAAACUUGACGUGGGAGUUAAUUUGAUUCAAAAGCUUUAUAGUUCUUCUAAUGUGCUCUCUCCUCUCAGGACAUUUAGCGGCCCAUUUUCUCUUGCAAAUGGAAGCCUUUGCUUGAAGCUACCUACACUAUUUGGCAAUGGUGAUUUGCUUGAUGUUUCAUGGCACAAAGGGUUGCAUGAUUCAAACUUGUUGAUAAAUUAUAGGACACCAAGACCUCCAUGUCUUGGUCAAAGGUCUCUAAAUAUUGUGCAUUCACUUAAACCUGAGAUUGGUAUUCAUGGAAUUCCCAUGAACAAUUUCUGCCAUUCAGCAAGUGGAGACGUAAAGAUAUCAAAAUUGUCGAUUGGGUUGGAUAUGAAUGAACCUUCAAGCUACAAUUGGAAAACCACAACUAGUGUGCACUUUAAGCAUAUUCAUUUCAUAAAUGAUUGUGGCCGCUCAGUAAGCAGAGACCUAGAUGGUUUUCCGUUGACUUUAAGUGGAAAUUCAUAUGACAACAUGGUAGUGAUUAGUCAAGAAUCUAGAUUUGAAGAAGCAAAUGAUCACAAAUUUUCUCAUUACAGUUUUAGAGUUGAACAAGGGAUUCCAAUUCAUCCAAACUUAGCAAUCUUUAAUCGGUUCAAGUUUUCUGCUUCAAAAGGAGUCAAAAUUGGAUCAGCAUUUUUCUCCACUUUGUUUAAUGGUGGUUCACUUGUAGGAGCCACUGCUCCAUAUGAAGCAUUUGCAAUUGGUGGCCCCAACAGUGUAAGAGGCUAUGGUGAAGGUGCAGUUGGUUCUGGUUACUCAUCUGUGGUUUCUAAGAAUGAAUUCUCAUUCCCAUUGGACAAACAACUUACUGGUGUUAUUUUUUUAGACUUUGGGUCUGACCUAAGGUCUAGUAAUAGAGUGCUUGGAAAUCCAGGAUUAAGGAAGGGUAAACCAGGAUCAGGGAUUGGGAUUGGUUAUGGCAUUCGAUUCAAAACUGAAUUGGUUCAAAUAACAGCUGAUUGUGCUAUCAAUGCUUUUAAACAAAGAACACUUUACUUUGGAAUUAACAAUCUGGUUCUUUGAAUGCUAAC